GAUCACGUGCACAUCCACCCAGAAGCCCUUUGCGCAAUCACUGUCAAAAAAGUGAAUUUAUUCACCCGUGGACACGUUAAGCACAUGCCCACAGUCUCCAUCCCUUUAUGGGUUGACAACGAGAAAAAAAAAGGAAAAAAAAGGUCGUCAUGUCAGUCGGUUAGAACUCAUUGUUGCCCGUCCAGCCAAUCAUAGUUUUUGACGACACAAAAGAGGCUAAAGUUGGAGUAUAAAAAGGUGUGCGCUAAUAAAGUAUGAUGCCUAUCAGAGUGCGACAUUAAUCCAAACACAGUCCAGUCGCGCAGGAGUUCCAGCACACACACACACACACACACACACACACACACACACCAAGGGAUCUUUAUUUUUAAACCAAACUGCACACCGUAGAGACGAUGCAUCCGUGUCAGACGGUGCUGUAUCUUAGCGCGCUGAUUGCUUUGGGUCCAGUAGUUCUGAGCGACCAGGAGACACACCAGCAGCAGCCCUCCGCCACCGGCCCCGAGGACACGGAGCAGUGCCCCACCUGCGAGGUCCGGCAGCAGAUCAAGUUCAUGCGGCUCAACGCGAUCAAAUCUCAGAUUUUGAGCAAACUGCGAAUGAAAGAAGCUCCGAACAUCAGCCGAGACAUCGUGAAGCAGCUCCUGCCCAAAGCGCCGCCGCUGCAGCAGCUGCUCGACCAGUACGACGUGCUGGGAGAUGACAACAAGGCUGUGGCUAUGGAGGAGGACGAUGAGCACGCCAUCACGGAGACCAUCAUGAUGAUCGCCACUGCACCCGAGUCCGUCGUCCAAGUGGACGGGGAACCAAAGUGCUGCCUCUUCUCUUUUACUCAAAAGUUCCAAGCCAGUCGCAUCCUGCGGGCUCAGCUGUGGGUGAACCUGCGCGCGUCGCCCGAGGCGACCACCGUGUUCCUGCAGAUCUCCCGGCUGAUGCCGGUCACGGACGGCAGCCGGCACAUACGCAUCCGCUCCCUGAAGAUCGACGUGGGUGCCGGGGUCAGCUCCUGGCAAAGCAUCGACGUCAAACAAGUGUUGACGGUGUGGCUGCGGCAGCCGGAGACCAACUGGGGCAUCGAGAUUAACGCCUUCGAUUCGAGGGGCAAUGACUUGGCCGUGACCUCCACGGAACCCGGAGAGGAAGGACUGCAACCCUUCAUGGAGGUGAAGAUCUCCGAGGGCCCCAGGCGCGCCAGGAGAGACUCGGGCCUGGACUGUGACGAGAACUCUCUGGAGUCCCGGUGCUGCCGUUACCCGCUCACCGUGGACUUUGAAGACUUUGGUUGGGACUGGAUUAUUGCUCCGAAGCGCUACAAGGCCAACUAUUGCUCCGGGGAGUGUGAGUACAUGCACUUGCAGAAGUAUCCGCACACCCACCUGGUGAACAAGGCCAACCCCAGAGGGAGCGCCGGCCCCUGCUGCACCCCCACCAAGAUGUCGCCCAUCAACAUGCUCUACUUUAACCGAAAAGAGCAGAUCAUCUACGGCAAGAUCCCUUCCAUGGUGGUGGACCGCUGCGGAUGCUCUUGAGUUGGGACGGAGACCCCCGGCGGAGAGAGAGGGGAGGAUGGAGGGGCCGUGGCUUCAUCCGUCCUCCAACUUCAAAACUUUUUAACACAACCAAUCCAGCAGUUCCGAUGCUUUUCCUGCAGAACACGGUGCAGUAGAACCAGAGUAGAAGCCACAAACCGCCCGAUCUUCCCCCCGCAGGGCAGCGCUUUCACAACCGGCAUAGCUCUUUAACUUUUCUUUCCUCCAGUGAAAUCUUAGCCGUAGAGGCCUUGAAGUCAGAUGGAUGCAGACACAUACAUACACACACACACACACACACACACACACACACACACACACACAUACACACAUGCCGGACCUCGGAGGGAAUGUAGACAGAAAUGAUCAAAAGCUAUCCAAAAACUUUUUUUUCCCCCCCUGUAUCUGUGUUCUGUGCAGUCCGUGUACACACACACACACACACACACACGCCGACAGAUUAUACUCGUACGCCAUCUCCUCCACUCCACUUGUAGCCAACGUAAAAGCUGUUACACUUCUUGCUAUGUGAUAUGUGUUUGUGAUAAUCAAUUUUUUCAAGUUAUGUUUUCAGAGGGGGAAAACCAGGAAUCGUCGUGGACUUUUUUGAAAAGGGCUUGGAAAAACCCAACUGGAGGCUACGAGUGAUAUUUCACACUGGUAGAACAUGUUUUAGUGCACGUGGGGUCUUAGGAGAUGAUACUUGUAUUGCAUCAAACUUUAAAAACUCUCUUUUUGGGAAUGAAAUCCGAAAACAGAGGCGACGACGCGGUGGUCGGUCCUCAGAUCCUAUUGACACAAACAUGUUCCACCGGGGUGAAAUAUUCCACUUUAGGUGUUGGCCCUGUUUUCAUGUGCUCUAACACACACACACACACACACACACACACACACACACACACACACACACACACACACACACACACACACACACACACAGCAACAUACCCGACCCAGGAGCACUCUCGCUCAGACAUAAUCUACCCAACCAAAACAGCCUGACCCUGGCCGAUACACUUGAAUUAUUCUGAUUGUAAAUUCACAUGACUGGACAGAAGGACUUGAACUGAAGGCAGUGAAUGCAGCCUACAAAUGAAAAAAAAAAAGGUGUUUUUUAAAGACAGAGAAAAUGGAUUGCACUAUGGCACACCGAUAGAAAGAAUUGGUUGCUACAAAUGUUGUAAAAAAAACUGAUUUUGAUAUGUUUGCUAAUUUGUAUUGUA